UUCAUGCAUGAAUGAACAUUAGGAAACUGUUGCAUAAGCUGGGCGGAUUGUCCAAAAACUAGUCAACUUAUCCGUGCAGCUUGUAAUCCUGGCAAGUUGCCAUUGUUGUAUAACCAUAGCUCGCCCGCUAAGCCAUUGAUUGCUUAGGCAAUAAACGCCCCUAAUAAAAACACAUGUACGUACAUCGACAGCACACGUAAAUGAGAGUGCGGAUGUACUUGUUGCCACGUGACUCAUCACGUGACUAUGCAGAGAUCGGUCACAACCGAAAGCCGCGAUACAAUCAAUCGAUCGGUCUUCAAUACUUGGUGGAUCUCGUUCACAUUGUUUAGCUAUUGGAUCCAGGCCAGACGUGGGGGAACCAGGCGGUGUUGAAGGAAACAUUGAGAUGGCGGUGACUCGACGACUUCAACUGUGAGAUCAUUUUACCUGUAAUGACAUACGUCCUGGUGUAACAUUGUCUACAGGUGUGCUAAAGCGUCCAGGUGUGUCGACUAGGUCGGAGCGGCGUUUAUGGUGGAAGUGUGUCGUCUUCCUUCAAAAUGAAUUCAGGGAGCAGGGAACAGUUAUCGAGGAGUAAAACUCCCAAGAAACAUGGGAUUCUGAAGAGGAUCAGCAACGCCAUCAUCGAGACCCUAGAGAAGGGCUUUUACAAACUUGGUUUGAAUAUAGGAAAGCGGCCAUGGAUUGUGAUGUUGUGCUGUACCAUAGCGUGUGGCCUAGUAGGCAUCGGGUUUCUCCGCUUCAAUGAAACAACCGACCCAGACAAGCUCUGGAUACCCAUUGGUGCCGAUAUCAUUAAUCAGCGGAAAUGGGCAACAGCACAGUUUCCAUCUACCCUUCGCGUUGCCACCAUCAUCGUUACGGGUUCCAACCUCCUCACAAAAACAUCUUUACAAGCGGUGUAUUCGAUGUAUGAAGCUGCACUUAACGCAACCUCCGCUAAUGGAUUCAAAUUGGCUGAUGUAUGCCUCAAGAUCGGGCCGAACUGUCGAGUGUCCAGUCUCUUGGACCUUUGGUCCUUCGACAAAGCGACGAUUGAUGGUCUGUCUCAGCAGGACAUCUUGGACGCGGUCAACACGAUCAAAGUCAGCCCUGUUUUCGGCAACUCCCUUGACGUGACGACCCUUCUAGGCGUGCGCACUGAAAACGGAAGUGGGCACAUCACUGGUGCUCAAGCGUUGACAUCUACCUGGUUUUUGCUUGGUGAUGACAAUAUAAAGGAAAACACUAUGGAUUGGGAACUUCAACUUAUAGAAAUAGGAAAGAACGGCCACGCGGGGUUGUCGGAGUCGUUUGUCUUCACAGCACGAAGUUUCAGUGACGAAGGAGGCAGCGCUAUCCAGGGUGAUGCCACGCUGCUCUCUGCUGGGUACAUCAUCCUCAUCAUCUUUGUCAUCGCCGUCCUCGGCAGAUUCAACAUGGUGGAACAGCGGAUCGGUCUGGCGCUCGCGGGGAUACUAUGUGUGGGACUCUCCAUCCUAGUGUCCUUUGGAAUGGCGUCCAUGGUUGGAGCAGAGUACGGUCCUCUUCACUCCAUCUUGCCCUUCCUGCUGCUGGGUAUUGGUGUUGAUGACAUGUUUGUAAUCAUCGGAGCCCUGAACAACCUGACACCAGACGAGCGUGAGAUGGAGAUCCCGGAGAAGGUUGGGCGAAUCCUCAGACACGCUGGAGUCUCGGUCACAGUUACCUCCCUUACCGACAUCGUCGCCUUCGCCAUUGGGGCAUCGACGAUUCUCCCAGCUCUGCGUUCAUUCUGUAUAUUUGCGGCGUUCGGCAUCCUGGGGCUGUACAUCAUGCAGACAGUCUUCUUCACCGCGUGUCUCGCCGUGGACCUCCAGCGGGUGUCGGGGAUGAGGGAUGCGUGCUGCUGCUGCUACAAACACAAGAACUGGCAGCCCAAUAAGUGCAGCCAGACCGAGCUCAUUCCGCUGUUCUUCAAGAAGGUUCAGGGACCAUUCUUGUCCAAGCUGCCCGUUAAGAUCAUCGUUUUGAUAUUGACGUUGGGUAUAUUCGCUGCCAAUGUGUACGGCUUGAUCAACUUAAAGCAGGACUUCGACUCAAGCUGGUUCCUUCCUUCAGAUGGCUACGCCUUCAAAUUCUUUGAGGCUCAAGAUAAAUACUUCCCAGACGACGGCGCCGAUGGCUACAUCUACUGUUCCAACUUGAACUACUAUGACAACAGGGCUAAGCUGAGCCAGCUGUACGACAGUGUCAGUGCACACCCCUACACGUAUAACGGCACAGUGGACAGCUGGUACGAGGCCUACAGAGUUGCAACUGGUGUUGGGGUCGUCACAGACGAGGCCUCGUUUAUCCAGUCAGUAUUCGACUGGGCCCACCUUCCAGCCAACAGUAGGGUCCUGAGAGACAUCAAGUUUACGAACGCCUCUGGAACGGCUACUGAUAUCGUGGCAACGCGGAUGGCCUUCCAGCACGUAGGCUUCCCCGACUCCCAGUCCGAGGUGAAGGCCAUGGACACCAUCAGGGAAGUCAUAUCCAGUAUACUCCCCUCCUGCUUCCCUUACUCCAGGCGAUACCAGGGCUGGGAGACGAACAAGGUAAUCCAGUUGGAGCUCUAUAGGAACUUGGGGCUGGCCUUUGCCUGUGUGUUUGUCGUCACCCUUAUCCUCAUCGCCAACUUCCUGACCAGCGUCCUCGUCUUCACCUGCGUCACCUUCACUCUGGUGAAUGUCGGCGGGUGCAUGUACUUCUGGGGACUCACCAUAGACACAGUGACAAGCAUCAUCCUCAUCCUAGCUAUAGGUCUUGCUGUGGAUUACUCGGCUCACAUAGGACAUCAGUUCAUGACGAUCAGGGGCAAUAGACAAGAGAGGAUGCUGGAGACACUCGCUGAGAUGGGCCCGCCAGUGUUUAACGGCGGCUUCAGCACCUUCCUCGCCUUCAUCCUACUGGUCGGCAGCAACAGCUACGUCUUCACGACGUUCUUCAAGGUGUUCCUCCUGGUUGUAUGUUUCGGGCUGUUCCAUGGACUGAUCUACCUCCCUGUCAUACUGAGCUGGAUCGGUCCCAGUCCCUACCUGUCUGCUGACCACGACUACCACUCGAAUGGGACAGAGGUGGACCCUGCGGUCAAAUCCGGAUAUGCUAAUGGAGGCGCGGCAACCAUUGGGUCGCCACCCCCAGAACCCCUUCCUGACUACGACAAACCAGCCAUGAACGGCUUCUCCAGAAGGAUGACCCCCAAUGGCACGUCUCUAUACACAACCACCCCUCCCAUCCCUCCACCAGACUACACCCCGCCCAUGUCAACACGGAAAUCUAUACCACGUGUUAGCACAUGAUCCUGCUCGCCGGGAUGGACAGAGGACAAUCACCUGAAUGCAGUCUUCAUCACUGUGGCGAAAGUCAUGCUCCGGACUAUACACUCAAAACGACAUUGGUGACAUGACUACGACUAUGUUGAAAUGCAGGUGUCAUACUCAUGAUGCCAAUAACAUCUUGUGGAAGAGCCUGAUGGACCAAAGGUGUCACAGAUUCUGGUGACAGUUUGUUUGUUAUGUGAAAUUAACCUCACAUCAUGUAAUCUGUGAUAUAUGCUGUGUUUUCUUGACGUUUGGUUGAUGUGCAUAAACACAUGUUUCGGACUAUCAGCAGCGUGAUGCUGUGCAUAAUAACAUGGGGUAUUCAGACAUGUUAGUGCUCACUCAGGAACGUUCGUGUACAUAUAUACUAAAGAAGUGCACUAGUGAUGGCUGACCAACGACAUAUAUACGGGUUCGGGAUCGAAUCCGGUUCGAAUAAAUAUGAUUGAUUUUACAAUGUAGAGUUCACGAAAUAUAGUUAACCACUAACACAGUGAUCCUAUUGCAGAAUAGGUAGUUACAUGUAAUUGGUGACUUUGAAACGUAAAUCCAACAAUAUAUAUUUCAUGUAAAUAUGGUUAUCAUCUCAUUCUGUAUAGGUUGUAAAUGUAUUUGACAACCUUCAAGUUUUGUUAUCAUGAAUAUAGUGAUCCAAUUGUGACACAGAUGACAACCUUACCGUGUCGAUAUCAUGAAUAAAGUGAUCCUGUUGAGACAGUUGACCACCUUACAAUAUAGAUAUCAUGAAUACAGUGAUCCAAUUGUGACACAGUUGACCAUAUUACACUGUCGAUAUCAUGAAUAUAGUGAUCCAAUUGUGACACAGUUGACCAUAUUACACUGUCGAUAUCGUGAAUAUAGUGAUCCAAUUGUGACACAGUUGACAAUGUUACACUGUCGAUAUCAUGAAUAUAGUGAUCCAAUUGUGACACAGAUGACAACCUCACAAUGUCGAUAUCAUGAAUAUAGUGAUCCUAUUGUGACACUGUUGACAAUGUUACACUGUCGAUAUCAUGAAUAUAGUGAUCCAAUUGUGACAUAGAUGACAACCUCACAAUGUCGAUAUCAUGAAUAUAGUGAUCCCCUAACAUAGUGAUCGAUCACUUUGGGCAUAAGAUGUAAAUAUAUACCAGUAAUUGACAACUUCGAAUGAAUAUUUAUUUCACGAAUGUGAAAUUUCCGUCAGAGCAGGAAACAAAGUUUAGUUGUCGAUAGAAUCGUCGACUCAAACACGUUUCUGGACUCAAUUCUUUUAAUGACAGUUCUGUUGGCAUUUUCCGAAAAUAUUUAUUAACCAUUUAAACACCAAACUGCGAUAAAUCAAAUUAAUCAUACCAGGGAGUCUGUUACUUUGUAUAGACUCCCUGCUCAGAUUCAUCGUGUGCAUUGUUAAUUAUCCUUCAUAGUUGUCACGUUAAUUGCAGUAAGUUCAAAGACGUAUGGUCAGUUCACAAAGAUUGAAAGAAAUUAUCUAUUUAACAUGCGCCCCCUAUUACUGGUGACCACAGACAGGCCAACAAAGACUGCGAGCCCUCUUUAAUCACUGACAGCCUGCUGACUCAGAAACAGUUUACAUGGUGUAUCUGUGUUACAGCGCUGUGGUGCCUCGCUUUUGGGUUCGUGGUAUUUCAGUUAUGACAGGGCUGUAUAAAUAUUUGUAAAUAUUUGAUUCAAUUUUUUUUAUUUUCAAGGAUCUCAUCGUUACUUCGUGGUAUUGAACUUUCUCGAUUAUUAUUAUUAUUGAGUCGACGUAAUAUUUUGAUGUCAUUUUUCAUGUUAUGAUAUGUCCCCGUCACGAUCAGAACGGAUAUUUGAGAAAUUCAUAAACAGAUAACGAUUUGGGUUAAUAUUUAAAAGAAUUGAACUUCGUCGCAGACUUCCAGCAUCUGUGAUAUUAAUUGUUUAGUUUCAUUUGUUACUAAUAAUAGUUUGAUAAUCGUGAGUUAUUCAAUAAAAAAAUCAAUGUUCGUCGAAUGUUCAAAUUUGAUUUAAUUUGAAUAUAUUUUAGCGUCGUCAGUGGUGUCACUGUGAAGGGGCGUGUCCCCACGUGCUCAAUUUGCGGUUCUAUACAAGGGCUGGUCCCUUGUUUUUUGUUUCCUCUUGAACAUUUAUCCCUUUUUUAUGGAGAAAUUGACAGCUACAUUCUUGCCAGUGUUAGAGCGUAUAUUUUUUAUUUUACUUAUCAACAAGUUUUAGAUUUUGAAGCUCAACAAGUUUUAGAUUCUGAAGCUCAGCAAGUUUUAGAUUCUGAAGCACAUUUGUGUGGUUACCACAUGCGUUUGCGUGAUACUUAUGUCACGUGAACCAGUAAUGAGACGAUUUACAGAAUUUAUAUGAUGGCAUUAUUUGGACCUGUUGAUGAACAAUGUUUUGAAAACAAGAAUCUCGAUAAUUUUGCAGCUAUAUUCAUCAGUACAGAUGUGGUGGAAUUAUCACAGUAUUGAAUAUGAUAGUUUGCUCCGCGUGGUUUGUCAUUGACAUUGAAAUGUAUACCUAUUGGUCAAAUGUUCCAUCUGUUACUUGUGCUACCUUUCAUUGGGACAAUGUAGAGACAUAAUCGACAAUAAACAGUACUCGUCA